AUGUCACUACGGGCCUUCACGCCGGACAUGUAUGGCUCGAAAAAGAAGUCCGAUCUUCCCAUGUAUGUGUAAACAUCCACAGGCUUUUCACAGCCUCGAGACCAACCAAACCCCGUCCCCCUCCAUCCAUCCAAACCACGUCGUUGGUGUUUUUGUUUGGUUUAUUUAGUUUUUUAUUUCUUUUCGUUUUCAACAAUACUAACGUUCACUGUUUUUAUAGAUUUAAUAAGCUAAAACCGAAGAAGCAUUCCAAACGAAUAUUGCUCAAGAGGAUAUUUUAUGCGAUAAUUGCCGGUUUGAUAUGUUAUACUAUUUAUAUUAAAUUUUUCAGGGAUCUCGGUCUCGAGUUUCCUGCAAAGUUGCCGAAACCCGUUGAUUUGAAGGAGAGCAUAGAGAUGGAGCUUGAGAAUCAGCGGCAUCAAAAAGACGAGGACUUGAAGAACCAGGAUCACAAGGUGUAUAAAGUCACGAAAGAUGGCGUUGAGCAAGAGCAACAACAAGAACAGCAGCAGCAGCAGCAGCAGCAACAAGGUGAGGCAGCUGACGCAUUUGAGAAAGAAUCUGAUGGUGUUUUUUCGCCGGAGGAAAUCACCACUCAGGACUUGCGCGAGAGUGGAGUUGAGUAUUUCGAUUUGAACGACUACCAGGGCUCAGCUAACGGCAAAGGGGAAGGCGAUAAUGUACUUUUUUUGAUGCCAUUGAGAAACGCCGAGCACGUGUUGCCGAUGGCUUUUUACAACUUGAUGAACUUGACGUACGACCAUCAGUUGAUUGAUAUUGCAUUUUUGGUGUCGGACUGCUCACCGGAGGAUACCACGUUGGAGACGGUGUUUAGGUACUCGGUGGCGCUCCAGAAUGGCACGUUGGUGGACUUGUUGAAAGCAGAGGAGGAUUUGAAACAUGGCGCAAAAGUGAAAGGCUCGAACGAUUUGUACCAGAGCUAUAUGGAGCCAUCGUAUAUGGAAACGGUGAAAAAGGCAUAUAGCAAUCCCGAGCACCACAAGGGGUACCGGACUCCGUUUAGAUCGGUCACCAUCUAUGAAAAGAAUUUCGGACAGGUGAUUGGACAAGGAUUCAGUGACCGACACGCGGUUAAAGUGCAAGGCAUCAGAAGGAAAUUGAUGGGCAGGGCGCGAAAUUGGCUUACUUCCAGCGCGUUGAGGGCCGAUCACUCGUGGGUUUAUUGGAGAGAUGUCGAUAUUGAGACUUGUCCGGGUAACGUUAUUGAAGAGUUGAUGAUGCAUGACUAUGAUGUCAUGGUGCCAAACGUUUGGCGUCCCUUGCCUACAUUCUUGGGCAAUGAGCAGCCUUAUGAUUUAAACUCUUGGAUCGAGUCUGAUGCCGCGUUGGACUUGGCAAAGACGUUGGAUGAAGACGAUGUUAUCGUUGAAGGUUAUGCCGAAUACCCCACAUGGCGUGCCCAUUUGGCGUACAUUCGAGACGCCAAUGGUGAUCCAAGAGAGGUUGUCGACUUGGAUGGCGUUGGAGGUGUUUCGAUAUUGGCGCGAGCCAAGAUAUUCCGACAAGGAGUGCAUUUCCCCGCGUUUACGUUUUUGAACCAUGCUGAGACGGAGGCGUUUGGGAAGAUGGCCAAGACGAUGGGAUUUAAAGUUGGUGGGUUGCCGCAUUAUACCAUAUGGCAUAUUUAUGAGCCUAGUGAGGAGGAUUUGCAAAAGAUUUCCAAAUUGGAAAGAACCCGAAGAAGAAAGCAAACGAGCUGA